ACAUUGGAGGUGGAGCUUCAAACGCUAGUCCGGUUCCGCUGUCGCUGGUGUGUGACUGCGCUCGCCACUCUGAUCGCCUGAUAUGGGGAGAAAUGAAAGAGCAGGGGCCCCGUUGAGGAAGUGAGAUGAUAACAUAACGGCGCCUAGUCUACAACAUUUGUCCUGUGUCUUCGCUCCCUGGACUGCAAUGCCGCCACAACGAGUAUUCGCUCUGCCGAGGCAACAAUCUCUGCUGCUGCCUGCGGUCAUCAAUCCGUUUGUGCAGGACACAAAACUAACCAAAGCGACUGUAAUUAAAUGUGUCCUCCUGGGAAUUUUCCUUGUCCCCCUUCGGGCCAUCCUGCUGUCCCUGGUUCUCAUGGUGACAUGGCCAGUGGCUGUCAUAAUAACCUUCAGGCAUCCCCUGAAAGGAGCCGUGGAGCCAAUGACAGGCUGGAGACGGUUCAUGUGUCGGAAGAUUAUGGCUGCAUUGGGAAGGGCUUACUAUUUCUGCAUGGGCUUCAGAGUGGUGGUCAAGGGCAAGCAGGUCAGCAGCAGUGAAGCCCCCAUCCUGGCUGUAGCCCCCCACUCCACCUUUUUCGAUGGGAUUGUGUGUAUUGUUGCAGGCCUACCCUCCACCGUCUCCCGUGUCGAGAACCCUACACCCAUCUUUGGCAGGUUUGUUCGCUGUCUCCAGCCAGUGCUGGUAUCCAGACAGGACCCAGACUCACGGAAGAAUACAAUCCAAGAGAUUGACAGCAGAGCCAAGUCAGGAGGCCGUUGGCCACAGGUUCUCAUAUUUCCAGAGGGGACAUGUACAAAUCGCUCAUGUCUUAUCACUUUCAAACAAGGUGCCUUUAUCCCAGGAGUCCCUGUGCAGCCGGUGCUUAUGAGGUAUCCCAACAAACUGGAUACAGUGACUUGGACUUGGCAGGGUUUCAGCUCGAAGACACUGCUGCUUCUAACCCUGUGCCAGCUGUACACCACAGUCGAGAUAGAGUUCCUAUCGCCGCAUAUCCCCACAGAAGAAGAGAAGAAAACACCGGCUCUGUUUGCCAGCAGAGUGCGAGAAGCUAUGGCCCAAGCUUUGAGAGUUCCUGUAACAGACCACACAUAUGAAGACUGCCGCCUGAUGAUCUCAGCUGGUGAACUAACACUGCCCAUGGAGGCUGGCCUGGUUGAAUUCACCAAGAUUAGCCGCAAACUCCAGCUGAAGUGGGACAAUGUGAGAAAAGAGCUGGAGGGCUUUGCAGCCAUGGCCAGCUCCUGUAAGGGAGGACGGAUCACCAUUGAGGAGUUUGCCAGAGUUCUGAAGCUACCUGUCAGCCCAGCCCUCGAGGAGCUGUUUGCACUGUUUGACAGGAAUGGAGAUGGCACCAUAGACUUCAGAGAGUACGUCAUUGGCCUGACCAUCUUGUGUCGACCAGCCAACACUGAAGAUGUUCUUCGAAUGGCUUUCCAGCUGUUUGACACAGAUGAGGAUGAGAAAAUCACCCGAGAGGAGUUUACUGCUCUGCUGCGCUCCGCUCUGGGUGUGUCGGAUCUAAACAUGGCCAAGCUCUUCAAGGAGAUUGAUGCCGACGGUUCUGGUUUCAUCACCUUCAAUGAAUUUCAAGCCUUUGCCACAACCCACCCAGAGUAUGCCAAGCUCUUCACCACCUACCUAGAGCUUCAGAGAUAUCAAGCAAUCCAGGAGGCAAAGCCAGGUGAUCUGGAACUGGCUGGUCAGACCAGUUCAGGAGAAAAACAGGAAGACAGCACCUCUGACAAGAAAGAUGACUGACAGACGACAACCUGUAAACCCUGCUUGACUGCACUGAGAGACAGAAAACUGUAUUCACUGCACUGAGAGGGAAAAGGCAGCGACAUGCUACAGCCAAGCCAUAUUAUAGGUCAUGUGCUUGCCUUUUUAUAGACAUGGUUUUUAGAGUGCUUCUAUUUUCAAUUUUAGUGCCUUAUAGAGAUUUUAAAGAACUCCCCAAGUCACUGCACAACAAAUGUUAUUAUUGCGGAGUAUCUCCAUCUGUAAAGUUGCAUGUGUGUGUGUGUGUGUGUGUGUGCGCGCAUGUGUGCACUGGUUAUGUGUCCAUUAAAAAAAAAGAAAAGAAAAGAAAGAAAAGCUAAUCGUGACAUAAAUAUGUCAGAAAACACAUCAGUGUUUUAAUUAAGUGUCUGAAUCCAGCGGUUUUUAGUUAGAGUUCUAAUGUUAGUGACAGUGUUUUAUGAUAUACUUAAAUAUUUUUUCCAGAUCACUGGAAACUGCCUCACCAUGUUUUUGACUUGGGUACACCACUGUCUGUAGCCUGAGCUUACCCUUGCUUGGACAUAAAAAGAACGUGGCUUUGUGUACCCUCUUCUUUGUCUUUGUGAUCAUCUGUAAAUGAGUAGAAAAACUGCCAAACCAACACCUUUUUAAAUAUAAGCAAACAGUCCUUGCGCUCCUGUGUUGCCGUAUAAUUAAUGUACAGUAAGCUUUAUUAAGAUCUAUCCAGUCUGGCAACAUGCAGAUGUUCUGUAUUAAAGCUAUGUCUACCAAGAGCAUACAUGCUGUGUAUUACACUUUUUUCCAGCGCUCAGGGACACAGACCUUGUAAGACGGCUGUAUAAUUAGCCAGAGGUUUGCUUUGCAUGUGUAUCUAUUUGCAUUUCUACUGAAGAUUGUUUUGCUGAGACAGCAGCACAUCUACGCAGCUUUAAGUUUACUAAAGCAAAUCAACCAUUGAAAAUAGGGCAAUUUGUGAGCAAAAAGGCAACAGUGCUUCUUUGCAACAGCAUAUUCCAGCGGGGUAUGUGUUCAGUUUAACUAGCAGCACUGUUAUUUAUUUAGCAGUGUGGAUUGCAAUUAUGUGAUCUUUAUUUUCUUUUUUGUGAACUCUGCAAAGUUGGCUUUUUCUAUAUAAUACAAGAAUACAACUUUAA